AAUAGAGUACAAGUUAGUUAAAUAAGUUGCUAUUUUAAGUGUGUAGUUAACUAAUUGCAUUUAAAAAUGACCCUGGUUGGUCUUGGCCUGCCCAUGAUUCCGGACAACAACGCCCGGCCCACGGUAUGCGCGAGAUCCGCUACCACCACGCCGAGCAGGCCCCCGUCAACCUUAGCAAUUCGGCCACAUACUUACGCAAUUGGAAAAGUUCCGGCAUGCUUUUUUGAACUCUUGAAACAAAUACCUAUCGCCAUUCCAGUGCGAUGUUCCGAUCCGACGGGAAUUAUCCGGUUGUCACUUCACAUCCCAUCGUCAAGUGAGGUCGACACUCCUGAAGGUCAUGACCUUGACGGUGACACUGACAAAGACGACACCCUAGAACAACGCCUCUUAACGAAUCGACGUCUGCUCGAGUCCCGAAUAAAAAGUCUCCGCUUGGAAAUUGGGGAUUUGAGCGUGGCUGAAAACUUGGAGAAAUUAUGCAACCAUUACUUCCAUUUGGAUAAGAACAACCCCAACAAAGAGAGGAGUGACGAGUUUAACAGGAAAUUAGACAUGUUGCUCAACGAGAAAUGUGGUGGGGAGAGGAAAUCAUGUCAUGAAAAGUGGGAUGCGUCCACGUCGCAUGAAAAAAUUGAUCCGAUUCGUGGCCAUGAACCUAGUAAACUCGUCACCUUUGACCUCAACGCACAAAAAAGUGACGAUGAUGACGAUGUCAAAACUUCUCGACACUCGUCCGGAUUUGGUCUCAUUUUCCACGGUCUACUUUCUAAGAAAGAGACGCAAAAUUUACUCAGGAUCGAUGGCCAGUACCUGAUUCGACAUGUGCUCGGAGAGGAAGCGUAUAUUCUCAGCUUCCGAUGCAACGGAAUCAUCCAGAACUUUAGAAUAUUUAAGGAUUCCGAAUUCUACGACUUGUUCUAUCUCGAGGAUCGUAAAGCUAGUUAUGCAUCGUUGGACGAGAUGGUCAAUGAUGGAUUGAGAACGCUGUUCCUCAACUUUAGAGCUGGCUCAUACGUUGACACUUUGACCGAAUUGGCCCAAAUUAAUAAGCACGACAGCAUGAUUUCCUGGUUGACCUCGUCCUCUCCGACCUCUCUGAACAGUCCGGAUUCUCGGGCUAGCAUUUACAUCGGAUCGUCGCGAAGGCCAUCGGUAAAUCCGCAUCCAAACCAAGGUCAAAGUCAAGACGAGGAUGGGUUACCCCCAAUUGAGACGACGCCACCUCUGGGUGCCGAAGAAUCCGAACUUUUCACGCAUUUCUUCCUCCUUGGGACACGCGAUUUGGGGAAACGGAGUCCUUGUGACCUCGAAAGCUGUCCAUCUCGGAGUCGAGCUUGUCUUCUUCGUGGAGGUGCAAAUCCGCCCGUGGGAAAGGAAACUUGCGUUUGUCGAGAUUGCGGAUUAACCCUGCACGAAAAGUGUCUCGAACAUUUGGACGAGUCCAAAUUUGCCACGUGUAUGCCCGACUUGUACAAAAUGCCUGCAAUUUUUGGCGUGGAUUUGACCACGGUGGUGAAAGCGACGAUGGUCACAAGCAUGACGGAGGAAGAUCCGGUUUCAAUACCAGAACCCACGCCGCCUUUCGUGGUGACGAAAUGCGUCCAAGAAAUUGAGCGGAUUGGGGUCACGUCGGAAGGAAUUUAUCGCAUUUCUGGUUCGCAAGAUGCUGUGCUCAAAAUGCAAAAAUUGCUUGAAAGAGAUCGGAUGUCCGCCGACUUGGCCGCAUUCACGAGUAACGACAUCGACUCGGUUUGCGCCCUGCUCAAAUUAUACUUGCGCCUCUUACCGGAACCCUUGAUAAGCCGGGAUGUGUUCUCAAAAUUGAUGGAGGACAGACAAAACAACAUUCUCACGCUGACCACCAUGCGACAAACAUUGACCCUUCUUCCCCCCGCGCACAAGGUGACGCUCCGCUACCUUCUCGCGCACUGGGAUCGCGUCGUGGCGCAGGAGGACGUGAAUAAAAUGAGCUCGCACAACUUGAGCCGUGUCCUCGUGCCCAGCAUCGUCGCGGACACCAUGACGCUGACGAGUAUCGAUAUGGGGGCUCACAUUUUCGACAUGUUGCUCACGAACUGUAACACCUUUGACUUUUGGGGGCAGUAAUAAAUCGAAAAUGCGUGCGAAAUAA